AUGAAGCUCGCUCGCACCAUGGAGGAGGCGCUGGACUCCGUCGAGAUGCUGGACACCGUCGAGCAGGUGCUGGACAACGUUGAGGUGAUGGACUCCGUCGAGCAGACGCUGGACAACGUCGAGGCGCUGGACACCGUCGACGUCGUGCUAGACUUCGUCAAGAUGGUGCCCGACUCCGUCGAGUCCCUGUGUCCUUGCUGCGGCACGUUCCACGCUGGCGGCGUCUUCGGAGAAGCCUGCUUCCAAGCUCGCCGCCACACUCGCAGGUGUGCGCGUUGUGGCCUUUUACAUGAAGACUACGAUCUGCCAACAAGGUGGUUGCAUGGCAUGGAAAAGUUUGAUUGUGAGUUCUAUGUUACUGAUGUGGAGAAACUUCAAAUGGAUGGUGACACAAUACUGUUACUUGACGACGUUAUCAAGAAGUUGGACGAGAUCUACAAUAUGAAGAAGUUGGAAGAUGCAAAGAUGAAGCAAGAUGCAAAAGAACAGUAA